GUGUUUCAAUUUCAGAAAAAAGCUUGACACAGCCAGCAGCAGCAGCAGCGAGCAGCGAGCGCGUCUUUGGUCCGCACAAGAAGGCUUGUAGCAAACUCCCACAUUUGCAGAGCAGCAGCAGCAUCAGAAGCAGCUUGGUUCGCUUUACCUGUUCGGGUUAGUGAUUUUCUCUGUGACUUGGUUUCGGCAUCCUCUUUUUUUGGUUGAAGUCUCAAAUAAAACAAAGCAUAGGAAAUACGAUCAAGUGAAAUAGGCGACGCGCUGGACGCGCCUCGUUUCGAUUGUUCUGCCGGGAAAUUAUUCUAAAAGAGGGAAACGAACGCCUGCCGUAGGGCUUGGCUUUCUUUCUUUUUUCUCAACUGCAAGCAAGUUUUUCCGCGUCCCAUGCAUGUGUGUCGAUCGGUUUAAUUCGAAAGUGUGCGUGUGUGUGUGCGUGCGUGGGGGAGAAAAUCAGUGCAAGCGGGUUUUCGUGAUUUUCACCGUGCGCUGGAAAGCCAGAAUGAAUUGAUGUGUGUGGAAUGGCGCGCGGUGAUUUGAUCUGACUCUCUCGUGUCUGUGCAGACUGUACCUCUCUACUGCAUACGGCCCUGCAGGCAUUAGCACGCUGUCGAUGAUUUUGUUCCGUUCCAAUCAAAGUUGGCGUACGGUGUGUGUACCGUUGGCUCAGUUUCCUUCCUUAACUCGACGGCAGCAGCAGCAACAGCAGCAGUGUUGGUGGUGGUUUUCUUUGGUGUGGUGGCUUGAGCAGCACAAACGAAAAAAAAAAGAAAAAAGGUUUUCCGUGACAUUAAUUUAGCCCAACCGAGAAGUGUGUUCGAGGCUCGGUUUGUAUUGAAAGAUGUUUGUCGGAGGAUGAAACCGUUGUACCCACCCGAAGAAGCCCCUUUCCAAUUUCUGUGUGCGUGUAUGUGAGAGAGUAUGUGUGUGUGUGUGUGUCUGUGUGCGUGCGUGUAUGCAAAACGAGGCAGAAAAAGGGCAACCCCUCCCCCGCGCGACACAAGAGUAACUUUAUCUCUGGGCGUGUGGCUCGAAAAGGCCUCGUCGUCCCACCAGCGGUCUUGGUGAACCGGGCGCGCAUUUUCAAUCUUUGCGACGGUUCAAUUCCAUCCGAGGACGCUCACUCGCUUUCGUGGCAGUAAGAAAUGUCUUUUUGCGGACAGAAUACUGUCCCACAGAGCGUGCACUGACUCUGCAUCUCUGGAAGUGCGUUUUGCAGAGCAAGAAUUCUGUGAAGUCUCCAGAGAUCAGAAAAGAGUUCUAGCAACCCUGCGUGCCGACUUAGAUUUUAGGCUCUUUGUUCUCCCAUCCUUCACGACGGCCAAAAAAAUCUUCCAAUAGCCGAGGAAACACGGGAAACCACACGCAUUUGUUGAAAAAGUGCACGGAAUUGUGUGUGUGUAGAGUGUGUGUUUGUGUGUAGUUAGUGCGUUAUAGCGAACGAGAGCGUACCCCAAGUGUUGCAAGUGCCAAGUGUGACGAUCACCAAGCAAGAAGUGUGCUCCUCCCCCCCGCGUCUUUCACGAACUCUUCCGGUAGCAUCCAGAGCGUUAGUUGAAGCGCCCAAACCCAGCAAGCACAAACCUCUAAGCGAAGCAAAGCGAAGAUGGCCACCGAAACCGAGAACAAGCCCGUCGUUGCCGGCGAGGAGGAGAAGAAGGUAGAGGCCCCAGCUGUGGAGGCGGCGGCAGCAGCAGCACCGGCCGCAGCAGAUAAGCCAGCGGAGGCUGCGGCGGCGGCGGGCGGCGGUGACACGGCCGCCGAUAAGAAGCCGGAGGAGAAGGCCGACGCUGCGCCGGCCGCCGGCGGCGAGGGUGGCGAUGGAGCGACCAGCUCCGAUGCGGCGGCCGCCCCGGCCAAGAAGGAGAAGGAGAUGAAGCCGACCGUCCACAAGGCGAACUUCGAGAAGGACGUGGUGUACCUGUACCAGUUCACCCGCACACCGAUGCUGCCGUCGAUUUCGCCCUUCUGCCUGAAGGUGGAGACCUGGCUGCGCCUCGCCGGGCUGAAGUAUGAGAACAUCGACCAUAAGCUGAAGCUGCGCUCGAAGAAGGGACAGCUGCCGUUCGUCGAGGUCAAUGGGGAGGAGAUUGCCGACUCGACCAUCAUCAUGCAGGAGCUGGCGACGCGCUACGACAAGGACCUGGACGCCGCCCUGACCCAGGAGCAGCGCAACAUUGCCCACGCGAUGAUUUCGAUGCUGGAGAACCAUCUCGUCUGGGUGGUGCUGUCCUGGCGCAGCAAGAACACGGAACAGAUGCUCAAGGGCUACAAGAUCAACCUGCAGCACGCGCUCGGCAGCCGUCUGCCGAAUGCGCUGCUGAACUUCUUCUUCAAAUUCCAGUUCAGCCGCAAGGGUGCUAAAAAGGUGAAAGCUCAGGGCCUGGGCGUCCACAAGCCGGAGGAAAUUGAGGAGUUCGGUCGCAAGGAUCUGAAGGUGCUGUCCGAGCUGCUGGCCGAUAAGCCAUUCUUCUUCGGUGAUGAACCCACCACGCUCGACUGUGUUGCAUUCUCCGUGUUGGCCCAAAUUCACUUCAUUCUGGACGAGGUUAAGUACGGUCUGAAGGAGUUCAUGCAGGAGAACUGCCCGAACCUGGUGGGACACGUUUCGCGGAUCAAGGAGCGCUGCUUCCCCGACUGGGAGGACAUCUGCACCAAGCUGGAUCUGAACGCGCACAUCCCGAAACCAGAGCCGGAAACCAAGGAAAACAAGGAAGGUGCUGACACGGAAAAGACCGCCGAACAGGACAAGAACGAGUCGGAAAAGGAGCUCGAGAAGGACAACUCGAACGAGAAGUCCGAAAAGAAGGAGGAACCCGAGAAGGUGGUGGAGGAGAAUAAAGAGAAAGAGGAGGCAGCCGCCAAAUAAGGUGGUUAGGGAGCGGUGAAAGCUAGAGAGCGGCCACAUUAAAUAAUGCACAGCAGCAAACAACAGCAACAGCAGCAGCAGCAGCAGCAACAAGAAGCGAGGAAGCACUAUUGCUUUUUUACAACUAUUCUACUGAAACAAGCCGUCAGCUAAAUUAAGAAAUAUAUAUAUAGUGUGACGUGCUUCCGUAACAAAAAAAAACAGCAACAAAACAUCCACCAACUUCUCCGAAUCGAAAAAAAAGAAAAGAAAAAUCUCGCCGGAGAAGUCGAUACAAUUCCACCUACUCUUUAUGCAAGGAUAUAUUAUUUUGUAGAAACAACAAAACAAAACAAAACAAAAAAAAACUCUAGAAAGGAAAUUCUUACGAUGGAAGUACACGUACGUGUGCAACCGGCAACCACUAAUCGUAUAGUGGCGAGUGUGAAAGCGGGGGGCUGCGAGUGUUGUGCUGCGGUUAGUUUUGUAACGCGCGCGCAGCAGGAAGAAAAUGCAAAUGGGGAGGGAAAGGGAAUGUUUUGUUUUUCCUUUCGAUUGUUUAUUCGAUAUUAUUUGUGUUUUUCGUCCCUUUUUUAUACAUAUAUAAAAAAGCUAUGAAAGAAGCCGCAGAAGCAGAAGGAGGAAACGAUUGUUUUUCGCGUUUAUGAAUAUAGAGUUUUUCCUUCCCUUGUUCUUUUCCUUUCUCCGUUCCAUCGCAUGCGUAUCAAUUUCCACAUUAAUCUUAUAUCCCUUUUCGGUUUCGCCAGCGGCAUAAAGAGAGAAAUGGAAAAAGGGUGAAAUUUAAUUGAAUAUUAUAAUAGAGGAAGAACACAAAAACAAACAGAUCAAACUCAGAAAAUCAGAAGGAAAUGGAUACGAAAGAAGAACAAGAAGAAGACCAAAAGAGGAAAGAACAAACGAAAGGAAAGGAAGCGAAUGUGCCAGCAUGAUGAUGAUAACCACAGAGAGAAAGGAUAAUAAAACACACAUGCAAGUAGGAAAGUGAAAUAAGAUAAAGAAGAGAUGCGACGGAGUAGGCAAAAAAAUAGAAAGAAGAAGAGGUUUGGAAAAAAAAGGAAGAGACACCACACCAGAAGCGAAGUAAAGCGAAUGGGAGGAAGCAGCAGCAGCAGUAGCAGUUUGCGAAAUUGGAAAACCCGUAAACGGAAAUGGCCACUGCCGAGUAGUGUUUUGCGUUUCGCGCGAAGGUUGUCUCCUUCCCGCGCAAAAAAAAAUAUAUAGAAAUUAAUCGUAUUAAGUAAAACGAAAAUUAAAGAAAAACAAAAAAACAAACACACGCUAAAGUGAAGUGAAGAAGAGAGAGAGAGAGAGAGAGAGUGAGAGUGCAAGAGAUGGAAAUGGAUUGUGUGUGUUUGUGUUAGUAGCUCAGUUGCAUAAAGCAAAUGGCAGCAAACACAUCGAAAGUUCUCAAAAAACAGCGACGGUGUGAAAAGCGCAGGCAAGCGGAACGACGGAACGGCGUGCAAGCAACACACAGGAAUAGAUAUGCAUACAAUACUCAAAAACUUUUCAUUUGUGUAAAGAUUUUUUGCAGGCGAUAACAUAAGUGUAGAACUCAAAGGAAGAGCAAAAUACGUAGGUAAUGAAAAAGGACAAACACAGUAACAAACAAAACAAACAAAAAAAGUCAAAUAAACCUUUCGUCUGUUCAGUAUUUUCGCUGAACAGAAAACGA